CCCUACUUUUCUUCUUCCUUCUUCUUCAUUCCUCGUUGCUUCGAAUCCAAUCGCGAGAGAAAUCGAAGAAAAGAGGAACAAAGUUCUUCGAUUUCGGUGGAGAAAUGUCGAACAUCGAUAUAGAAGGGAUACUGAAGGAGCUUCCGAGUGAUGGGAGGGUGCCGAAGACGAAGAUCGUAUGUACGCUCGGGCCGGCUUCGAGGUCGGUGCCGAUGCUUGAGAAGCUGCUGCGCGCCGGCAUGAACGUUGCGCGCUUCAACUUCUCCCAUGGAACCCAUGAGUAUCACCAGGAGACGCUGGAUAAUCUCCGUACCGCCAUGCAUAACACCCAGAUCCUUUGCGCUGUCAUGCUCGACACGAAGGGACCUGAGAUUCGCACUGGAUUUUUGAAGGAUGGCAAACCCAUUCAGCUAAAGGAGGGCCAAGAAAUUACUGUGAGCACCGAUUACAGUCUCAAGGGAGAUGAGAAGACGAUCACGAUGAGUUACAAGAAACUUCCGGUGGAUCUGAAGCCCGGUAAUACUAUUUUGUGUGCUGAUGGUACAAUUACGCUUACUGUCCUUUCAUGCGACGCCGAAGGUGGCACAGUCAGAUGCCGAUGUCAAAAUACCGCGAUGUUGGGUGAGAGAAAGAAUGUGAAUCUCCCUGGUGUUGUGGUGGAUCUUCCAACUCUAACUGAAAAGGAUAAGGAGGACAUCUUGGGAUGGGGAGUUCCAAAUAACAUUGACAUGAUUGCUCUGUCAUUUGUCCGCAAGGGAUCCGAUCUUGUCAAUGUUCGACAAGUUCUUGGGCCUCACGCAAAGCGCAUAAAACUCAUGUCAAAGGUUGAGAACCAAGAGGGUGUUAUAAACUUUGAUGAGAUUCUGAGGGAGACAGAUUCUUUCAUGGUUGCUCGUGGUGAUCUCGGGAUGGAAAUCCCAGUUGAGAAGAUCUUCCUUGCUCAGAAGAUGAUGAUCUACAAAUGCAACCUUGCUGGGAAGCCUGUUGUCACAGCUACACAAAUGCUUGAGUCAAUGAUCAAGUCCCCUCGCCCGACUCGUGCUGAAGCAACCGAUGUGGCCAACGCAGUCCUUGAUGGCACUGACUGUGUCAUGCUUAGUGGUGAGAGCGCAGCCGGAGCUUACCCUGAGAUUGCAGUCAAGAUCAUGGCCAAGAUAUGCAUUGAAGCCGAAUCCUCCCUUGAUUAUGGAGCCAUUUUCAAGGAGAUGAUCAGGUGCACACCCUUGCCAAUGAGUCCCUUGGAAAGCUUGGCUUCCUCAGCUGUUCGGACUGCAAACAAGGCGAGAGCAGCACUCAUCGUCGUCCUGACACGCGGUGGAACCACCGCCAAGCUGGUGGCAAAGUACCGGCCUGCAGUACCGAUCCUUUCAGUGGUGGUUCCAGUGCUGACAACUGACACAUUUAACUGGAUGGUCAGUGAUGAAAGUCCGGCAAGACAUAGCCUGAUCUACAGGGGUCUGAUUCCACUGCUGGCAGAGGGAUCUGCCAAGGCAACAGAUUCAGAGUCGACGGAGGAGAUCCUGGAGGCUGCUCUAAAGUCUGCGGUUAAGCGAAAGCUGUGCAAGGCUGGUGAUGCUGUUGUGGUUCUUCACCGUAUCGGUAUGGCUUCGGUGAUCAAGAUCUGCAUUGUCAAGUAAAACCAAUCAAAACAAAUAUCGUUAUGUCGAUGGUGUCUGGUCUACUAGUGUUGUUGUUUUGAAUGAACAAAUGAUUCCUGUUGUUAUAUGCUUUUGUAGCUUGUGUUGCUUCACAUGUCCCUCUAUGAAGGGAGGCUAUAUGUCAUAGUCUUUUUAACCAUAAUUUACUUGAGAGAUUUGAACUCCAUUCAUCCUUAAGAAAUGGUCUUAGGGAUUUGGAGAAGAUUUUGGAUUGUGAAACUUAUUCAUUGUGUUGCAUUAAUUUUGUUUUAUUGAUUGAAGA